AACGAGGUCGCUCGUACAGAUAUGUACGAUCCGUUAACCGGUCAGUCGAGUCUCGAUCGUUCAUCGAAGAUGUCCUCUCGCAGCGACUAACUUCCCAAUCGGACAAUGAGAAUUUAUCGUUUGCUCUUUCUCGUCCUUUUCAUUGUCCGAAGCUCUACCGAAAGUGUUGGCAAGAGGACCGUCGAACGAGAAGAGGGGUCAGCGAAUUCUGUGAAAAAUGUAUCUUCGAGGAAGUACUCGAAGAACGUAACGGAAUUAACAUGGUCGCUGAAACAAGCCGACAAUGCUACGACGACGAACCAGAGUAGCCAGGUCACCGCGACCAGGCAAGGUCCUUGUCAAUGCGGCGGUGGUCUCUGCGGAUGCUGCUCCAAGAUUUUAUACAACACCUGGAAGCAAAAGGCUUGCGUGAACGUGUCUUACGAUGCCGACGAGUUCAGCUUCACCGCAAAAGUUUCGAUGAACGACAGAGUUCUGUACACGAGAACGGUUUCCGGCAAAAAUCCUCGCCCGAUAUGCGUACCGGUGCCACGACUGCCGAUCGUGAAGGCUUGCAUCAGGUUCUACAACAUUUAUUUCCAAGGAAGGAACGUUCACAUGUGCGUAAACAUGGAGGGAAAAUUCAGAGAAACCACGUUAUUCAAAGUUGGAUUGGAUUGCCUCAGAUUCGGUUCCAACGGUUUAGCUCUGGUGAAGCCAGAGGAUGGAGGAGGAAUAGGUCAAGUAGAAUUUUUACCAGACGACGACGGAGCGGAAGAGGACGAUUACGAUUACGACGACGACGACGACGACGACGACGACGAUAACGAUGACGACGAUGACGACGACGAUAUACUCGAUUUGUGAGAAAACGCAAGUGUUCUGUUUAUAACCUGGGUGAACAACCUAAUUGCUCAAAUUAUGCGCAACCGGUGCCAUUCUCAGCAUGACAAUGUUUUUUUAUUAUAUUCUUUUUGUAUGGAAAGAAUAAUGCGAUAAUUAUAUUAUUUAUCGUUUGUUAUAACUAGAUCGUACUUGCACAGGUCUUUGUCGAUCGAUUUAGGAAUGCUGCACUAUAAAAACGAAAUUUUUUUUUGAUAUUCAUUAUAUUCUUUAUCAAGAAAUGUAGUUUAGACGUAGAUAAUGUAAUUAAUGCGUUUCAGAUAAAACAAUCAUUAUAAAUAAUUAUUACAUAUAAGAGAGAAAGCGUAUAAAACGAAUAAACGGAUGCGGUAAAAAG